AUGGCCGAGGUCAACGGCGUUGCGUUCUGUGAUCGCUGCGCCUGCCACGUCGGGGAGUCGGGUAAGGUGGUGGCCCUCAAGCGGUCUGCCAAGAAGCAGACGCACAACAAGACAUCGAACUACACCGUCACGAUGGCUCAGUCUGAGAGCAUGCUUUCCAAGGACUCGGACCAGACGCUCGGCAAGCUGAGGUCGGACUUCCUCGGGCUAGAAUUCGUUGCGUACGGCGCUGGCAUGAACCCGAAGAAAAUCGAGACGACCUCCAGCCACAACGCCAUCCAGCUGGCGCGGGAG